AACGCUAGGAACCAAGGAAAAGCAAUCAUCACUGUCAACAAUGGCCGGAGAUAAAGAAGUCGUGCUGUUGGAUUUAUGGGUGAGCCCUUUUGGGCAAAGGGUAAGGAUAGCUUUGGCGGAAAAAGGGGUGGAUUAUGAGUACAAGGAGCAGGAUCUGGCGAACAAGAGUGAGCUCUUGUUGAAAUCCAACCCUGUUUACAGAAAGAUCCCAGUGUUGUUACACGAUGGUAAAUACAUUUGCGAGUCACUCAUCAUUGUUCAGUAUAUUGAUGAGGUUUGGUCCAAUAAAGCUCCGUUGCUCCCUGCCGAGCCUUUGGCACGCGCCAACGCUCGUUUUUGGGCUGAUUUCAUCGACAAGAAGGUUUAUGAGUGUGCGACUAGAUUGUGGAAGCUAAAGGGAGAGGAGCAAGAGGCAGCCAAGAAGGAGUUCAUAGAGAUAUUUAAAUUAUUGGAGGGUGAGCUUGGUGACAAGAAGUUCUUUGGAGGUGAGACUUUUGGGUUUGUUGAUCUGGCUUUAGUGCCUUUUGUUGCGUGGUUCUAUGCUUAUGAGACAUGUGCCAAGUUCAGCAUGGAGGAAGAAUGCUCUAAGAUUGUGGCAUGGGGCCAGAGGUGCAUGGAAAGGGAGAGUGUCUCUAAGACUCUUUCUGACCCUAAUAAAGUUUACGAGUUUGUUCUCUUUUUGAAGAAGAGAUUUGGGGUGGAAUAGAUACGUUUUAGUACGUGGUGUUUGGUAUGUGAUUUUGUAAUGGUAUUGUGCGACGAGUGUUUGUUUAGGGUGCUCAGUUUCAGAAUGAAUAAUCAGUUGGAUUGGCUGGUGGUCAUUGGAGUUGGCAAUUCAUAUUGCUUCCUAUCCAAUUCCAUAAUAUGUUUAUGUCCUUCUGCUUUUAUUUUGUUUCUAACUAGAGAAUAAAAUUUUGAGUUAUUUUA